GGUUACAUUUGCAAAGUGAAAAUGAAAGUAGCAAACAAGGAAAUAAAACUGGAAAAAUUCCCGUUUAAUUUAGGUAACGAAUCAAACGGGUUCAUUUUAUGAAGUAUUAUGUGGGACUAAAUGUGAAACAGCCAAUGGAACAAUGUUGGAUGAUACUAAUAAUCACAAGCUUUAUGCAUAGCACUCUAUCAUUUUGUCCAAAUGCUACAAACAUCUGCAAGUUAGAAUAUAUUAGAGUAAACAAAUACAAAGACCUUUAUUGUCCUACCUCAGGAGCUACUGAUCUGAUCAAAUGGCAUUACAGGGAAUAUAAUGAUGGGAACUGGACUUCUUUUCCAUUUAAAUUCUGCCAUAAUGUUCCAGAAUUUACUAAGUGUAAAGUAAGAGAUGGUGUGUUACAACUGAACCAUGCUUCUGGGGAAUAUGAAGGAUUUUAUAAAUGUACUUCAAAUAAUACUGAACACUGCUUUGAAUUGAAAUUAUAUCGUUGUGGCAAAAGAAGAGAACCACUAAUAUAUGAACCGCCUAAAGAAAUAACAGUACACAAGAAUGAGAGACGUAUGAUAAGCUGUGGAGCAGACUUUGGUUGUGACGAGGGCAUUAAGGGAACUAUUUCCUGGGAACACAAAGGGCAGAUAAUUAACGAAUCAAAUCAUCUAUACCAAACUUGCUUUAGGGAAAAUGUAACAAAUAUAGAAUCUGAACUGACAAUCCAUCAUGUGACAGAAGAUGACAUACAUUAUCUAUUUGUAUGUGUAGUAAAAGAUAAUCAAGGCACAAAUGUCAGACGGUUCAAUGUUACGCUAAUUGAUAUUGAUCCAAAAUUUACAACACGUUAUGUGACAUAUAUUAUACUGGCAGUUAUUGGUUGUGUUUUAGUGGCAGCAUUUAUCGUAAUAGCUCUAUUUUGUGCAGGAAAAGCUUUUUGCAUUUUAACUCAUUGUUCUUGCUUUAGCAGAUUGAGUUGUACAGGUUCUUACAGUUAUGAUGUAUUGAUUCUUUAUGAUGAUGGAGAUGAACUUAGAGCUAAGAAAGUUAAAGAUGCACUUAAAAGCAAUGGCUAUAAUAUUGCCACUAUGGAUAUUAUUAAAUAUGGAUCUGUUGUAACUAAAGAAGUUAAGGACAUAAUGAAGAAGUGUGCCAGUUUACUUGUAAUUUACCCAGGAUGUAAAAUUUCUGAUGCCUUUGACCAUCAGUUAACUUUUGGGAAACAAACUAUAAAACCAUAUCUCUUAUCAGUAUUGGUAAAUACUAAACGUAGAGACGACUGCACAAAAGAUGAUAAUUUUAAAUUACUGGGACUAAAAUGUUUAGUCUUUGAUGACAAUUUUUAUAGCCGUAUAUCUUGGAGAUUACCAAAGUUAAAGAAGUCAAAGAAAAGCAAGAAAUAUACUGAAACAUUAAUAUCAUAAUUAUUUUACAAACAAUAUUUUCCACAGAGAUUCUAUUGUUGCGAAUACAAUGAAAUUUUUUUUGCCCGGCCAUUUGUUUGGACAUGUGCAAAUGUUUAGUAUCAACAGCAGUAUCAUGUGGCAUGGAAUGGGUCCAAGAUGAGGUUUCAGAUUGCAAAUGUGUGUACAUAUGCAAUUGACUUUUGAGAAUUAAAAAUUAGAACUGUAUUUUGAGAUGUUCUAAAGAAAAUUAGAUAGAAUCUGAUUGCUUUAAAAACAAAUUUCUAUCAAACAGACCCUAGAAAAUAGCAUGUGCAUGUAAACUGAGAGGAAUAAAGCUUGAAAUCAAACUGAAAUUGCUGAUUUACUCCAUUACCUUUACCUGUAUCAAUGGAGGUAAAACGAUUCACAGGACAAAAACUAAAUCAAAUAUACUUGGAUGUACUAUUUCUAAGUCACAGUUUACUACAACAGAGAUAUAUAUGAACAUGCACUGAUAUGCCUGGACUGGGAAUAGUAUACCAUGGUUGGGGUAACCCUCCCCCUUUUUAUUUCAUUCUUUUAUUUAUUUCCUUAAUAAUAAAAUAAUGUUAUAUUUU